UUGUUAUGGCUAGGCCAAAAGUUUUUAUUUAAUCUAAUUUCGAUACAAAAAUUUGUGGUGAACUAAUACAGCAUUUCUAACGCCCAUAAGUAUCGCUUUGUUUGGGGUAAUUUAAUUUCGUCUUUGCCAUUGCCAUGGCCGCCCACAGUGCCGAUAACCCACCCAAUGAACGCACAAAAACACCUCCGCCUCUGCCUCUCUUGCCCAUCAAAGAAACGGCAUCCAUAAUGAUGCUGAACAAUGAUUGCCUGAUGAGUGUUUUCGCUAGUUUGCCGGAUCUACGAACGGAAGUGGCGGUUUCCCGUGUCUGCAAAAGAUUUCAGGCCGUUUGUCUGGCGAAGUGGCGUUACUCGCAUAUGUACGAUGAGUUCGAUUUGGAAAGAUGGCGCGAACUGUUGCCCUGCUACGAAGAUCUCUGCUAUUUUAUACGUCUGAUGCAGCCCUACAUUCGCAAAAUGAACGUAAGCAGCUGUCUGUGUACGUUGCUCAAGGAUCUAGAUGAAAUGCAAAUCUAUGUGCUGCCAAUGGUGACCAGUUUCUACUAUGACCCGGACGAUAUAGACUGCUAUCCCUCGGAUCGCAGCAUACAAAAGAUGACCUACUUGCUGCCUAAUUUACGCCGACUGCGUCUUACAACGCCCAUUCAGGGACGCUACUUGUCCAGUUUCAAGCAGCUGCAGGAGCUGCAUUUGUACGAGGAUCAGCACAAAGACUACGAGCUCCAACAAGAUUAUUUCGAUGACGUCUGCACAAAGUUAGUAAAUCUGAAGGUGCUGGACAUACGCCUGUUCGAUGUGAUAAGCAAACUGCGUCUUAACAAUUGCGUUCACGCGCUUCAGAAUCUCACGAUCCUAAAACUGAAUCUAGCCUCAUUGAAAUCUGUCCUGCACGAGGUCUUAGACCUGCCGGCGCUCAAGCAGCUGGUCGUACUGCUUGAUACUGAAUGGUAUAUACCGGCGCUACUUAAUGUGGAUGCCUUCGAUCAUAAAAUUCGUGAGGUGAGUGAAUUCUACAAGAUAAUGGAGCGGAAGGCGCGACAAAUUGUUGGAUUUGCUGUUGACGGCUAUUACAUGCCGCUGGAGCCCGGCUGGGAUGCCGACUUGCCCAUUUGGUCGCAUCAGAAACUUCAGCGAUUAGCCAUCUGCAGUUGGACCCAUGCUGAGGACUAUCUGGAGCGUUACACCUGUAUGUCGAAUCUCCGCCUGCUGUGCCUGCGAAAUUGGACUUAUCUCUCCGACAAUGUGCUUCUUAAGUUUAUCGAAUCUUGUCCUCAUCUGGAACAUCUGGAUGUUUCCUAUUGCCGCCAACUGACGCCCAAUUUUGUGCACUGUGCGCUAAACAUCAUGAAACGGCGACAGCACAGCAGGUUCUUGGAUGGCUAUAUGCAACGUCUGGAACCACCACUACUGAUCUAUUAUGUCUUAAGCGGCUUCGAGGACUAUGUAGAAUCCAAGAAGCUGAAAAAUUCACCAGACUACAAAGGCUAUAUUGUUUUUAUGGACGAUUUUCCUGCAAGAUCAGAGCGCGGCCUAAGCUUUGUCGAUCGCGGCUAUCAGUUCGAUUUUGAUUAACUGCCCGGUACGAGAUCACUCGAGCGAGAUGAGCUGAAAUCUUUUGUAUAUAGACAAUUUUUCCUUCUCUUGUACCAUUUUCCUAAUUUAAUGAUUUAAUUUUGUAAAUUAUUUUCGCCACUAAGUUAGAAAUUAGAUGCAAAAGGAAACACAUAUACAGUUAUGUAAAAAAUAGUUUAUGGUUAUUAUUAAAAUUCAGAGUUGCCCAAGACAA